GCUUGCGGUAUGGUGUUAACGCCUCGUACCAACGUGGAACGAUAAGUUGGCGUGGAAUUUUCCGCUUGUCUUUCAAUCCUUAUGAAUUCACAACUUCUGUAUUCUUCUUCCUCUCUCGCCAGCACUUUACAGCCAUGAUGUACAGAAAUUCUUUGCUCUUGGUCCUUAUUCUGGGCUAUUCAUGUCUCGUGAAUUGCAAAGUCAAUGCCAUCGUGAAAGGAAAGCUCGAGAAAUGCUACCACAAAGUGCUGGGUGUCAAGACCUCCGUCCGCAACACCAAAACUAUCAAGCGGGCGUACCGUAAACGAGCCAAGACGGUUCACCCUGACAAAAGCAGCAAGUCGUCAUCCAUGGAAAAAUUUCUGCUUCUCAAUGAAGCUCUUGAAUUCAUGUUGAUCCCUGAAAACAGAGAACAACUACGGGAGUUUCUGAAGAAGAAACAAAACCAAAAGCAUUGCGGGUGGCGUUUCGAUUACCCCACUCUGGGGCGUGCUUUCGAUUCGUCAUGGCGGCUGUUCCAAACUGCUGGAAAGACUGGCCUAGAUGCAGUCGUGAUGGUCAUCGAUUCUGCGGGCAAUGUUUAUCAGCAGGUUGCACCCAGGAUUACUACUGCAAAUCUCGUCUACUUGGAUAAUAGUGGAUCUAUGAGCUUCGGGUUUUUUUCAUCGUGGCUGGAUAUUGCACAUCCGUUGCUGAAAAGAAUGGCCCCUUCGUUGCAAGGUGCUCCUACCAGCGUUAUUCUAUUUGGUUCAGAUCAGGAAGUUGUUGUUCGAGAGGCGAAGACCUUUAAUGUUGAGGCCAUUCUUCGACAAUGGAAAGGUCAGAUCGGAGGCACAUACAUGUGGCAUAUGAUCCAGCAAGACCUCCUUGAGAAUCGAAAGGUGGUCUCAAGCAGGCGCCUACGCGUUUUUAUUGUCACGGAUGGAGAAGAUAACAAAAGUCCGGGCGACUACAUGGGAGUGGGGGGGAUGAAUCCAAUGAUGUCACACCUGAUCAAUGCUGGCUAUGACAUUGAGUUUCAUAUCACUGUUCUAGGAGUAGGAAACAUUGACAGCAGAGGCUACAGGGACUUGACCCGAGCUACUGGAGGAAACUUUUUGUACAUUGACUGGCGGUCAAAGAAAUCAUUACGGAGUGAGAUUGAGGUUGAAGGCUUCAUCGAGCAGAUUGCAGCCUACACAUCAAAGGAGGACAUCACAGAGACCGAAGCUAUGCGUUCCAAGAAGAAGCGGGAAUAUGAGUUGGAUGUGCAGAAAGGCGAGGCAACAGAGUUUGAAUGGUACAAGCAGCUCCCCGGACAUGCUUGACCAUCAAACAUAGCAGCAUGCACUCUUGUCAUGUAUGCAUAGGAGUGCUUUGAUAAUCUACAGCCAAACAGAGAUUCCGGUAUCUGGCGCGACGAGGAUUCAGCCCGCAGUUCACAUCGUACUAGUACCCUUUCCUUUGCAACUUCUUGUAAGAGCGCAGGCUGCCUCGUUCAAUUCCGCCGUAACCGUGCUCGACCCAAGUAUGAAACGACGUUGCGUUUGUUGGUCUCGCCGUCGUCUUGCCCGCGGGCAGAGACAGGCAAUUUGCAGUGACGAAUCGAAGAGAAAAACAGCUUCCCAAACCUUGAACACCCCAUGCUCUCCCACCAAGAAGUCACCGUGUGCAAUGCUAGGUU